AUGCCCGCUCUUCUGUUCGGUCCAUUUCAGCUUUCCUCUGGAUCACCGGCUUCAUACCUGUUCAAGUCCGAUGCAUCACAAUUAGCCCACAUCGUCAAUGAUGCUAAUUCGCACUCCAGCUCAGGAACGGCGAUUCCGAGCACGGUAUACUUGCAUAUAGCAAUCAGGGCUGCCCAGCACCACGGCCACCUGGCGGCCGUUCUCUGCAGCGCUUCAGGUAGGGGAUAUGCACGCCCUCUGACGUACUCGGGCGGUGGCGCCAAGCUCACAAGCUCCAAAUACCACAACACAGCGCAACAACACCUGAGGGGCACAGGCGCGACCACAGCUUGGAAGCUCUUGCAGAUGGACAUUCUUUUUUUCCCUUUGAUUUUGCGAUCACGGGUGGCUUCCAUU